GAGAUUCAAUAGAGUUUCUCCCUCACUGAGAAAAAAAAAAUGGAGGGCAAUGGCUACUGCGUCGACGAGAAAGCUGUUCACGUCGAGAAGGUAUUCUUCGAAUUCCUCAAAACCUUCCGCGAUGCUGACGGCGGCGGCGGCGGCGAGGCCUACUACGAGGCGGAGGUGGAGACGAUGCGCACCAACGACUCCAACACCAUGUACAUCGACUUCUCGCACGUGAUGCGCUUCAACGACGUGCUCCAGCGCGCCGUCUCCGACGAAUUCCUCCGAUUCGAGCCCUACCUCAAGAGCGCCUGCAAGCGUUUCAUCAUGGAGCUCCGCCCUACCUUCAUCGCCGACGAUAAUCCGAACAAGGACAUCAACGUCGCCUUCUACAACCUCCCUUUGGUGAAGAAGCUCAGGGAAUUGGCCACCGCCGAGAUCGGCAAGCUCGUCGCCGUCAGCGGCGUCGUCACACGCACCAGCGAGGUCCGGCCUGAGCUCCUCCAGGGAACUUUCAAGUGCUUGGAAUGCGGAAGCGUUAUUAAGAACGUCGAGCAACAGUUCAAGUAUACCGAGCCAAUUAUUUGCAUGAAUGCCACAUGUCAUAAUCGGACAAACUGGGCUUUGCUGAGGCAAGAGAGCAAGUUUACUGAUUGGCAGAGAGUCCGGAUGCAGGAGAAUUCUAAGGAGAUACCGGCCGGUUCACUUCCCAGAUCGCUUGAUGUCAUCCUUCGCCAUGACAUUGUUGAACAAGCCAGGGCCGGAGACACCGUUAUUUUCACUGGCUCGGUGGUUGUACUACCCGAUAUAUUAGCACUAGCAUCUCCAGGAGAGAGAGCAGAGUGCCGGAGAGAAUCUUCGAAUCAGGGCAGGGCUGGGCAAGAAGGUGUCAAGGGGCUUCGUGCAUUGGGUGUUAGAGAUCUAUCCUAUCGACUUGGCUUCAUUGCCAACUCUGUACAGAUCUCUGAUGGCAGAAGGGAUACUGAUAUCAGAAAAAAGAAAGAUACUGAUGAAGAUAUUGGUCAGCAAUUCACAGCAGAAGAGUUAGAUGACAUACAACGAAUGAGGAAUACUCCUGACUUCUUCAACAAGCUAGUUGAUAGCAUUGCACCAACAAUUUUUGGUCACCAAGAUAUAAAGCGGGCAAUUCUGCUAAUGCUUAUGUGUGGUGUCCAUAAAGUUACACAUGAAGGCAUCAACUUAAGGGGAGACAUCAAUGUCUGCAUUGUGGGUGAUCCCAGCUGUGCAAAGUCCCAAUUCCUCAAGUACACAGCAGGCCUAGUUCCAAGAUCUGUUUAUACAUCUGGGAAAUCUUCUUCUGCAGCAGGGCUUACUGCUACUGUGGCCAAAGAGCCAGAGACGGGUGAAUUCUGCAUUGAGGCUGGUGCACUGAUGCUUGCUGAUAAUGGCAUCUGCUGUAUUGAUGAGUUUGAUAAGAUGGAUACAAGAGAUCAGGUCGCCAUUCAUGAAGCUAUGGAACAGCAAACCAUAAGCAUAACUAAAGCUGGAAUACAAGCAACAUUAAAUGCAAGAACAUCAAUCUUAGCUGCUGCAAAUCCCACGGGUGGACGUUACGAUAAGACUAAACCCUUGAAGUAUAAUGUGGCACUUCCUCCGGCCAUUCUUUCAAGGUUUGAUCUCGUGUAUGUGAUGAUUGAUGAUCCAGACGACCAGACUGAUUACCAUAUUGCUCACCAUAUUGUGAGAGUCCAUCAAAAGCGUGAAGAAGCACUUUCUCCAGCAUUUACUACCACACAGUUAAAGCACUACAUCUCAUAUGCAAAGACACUGAAACCAAAGCUGACCCCUGAAGCUAGACAAUUGUUGGUGGAAUCUUAUGUUGCCCUUCGCAGAGGGGACACUACUCCCGGUAGUAGAGUUGCUUAUCGUAUGACAGUGAGACAACUGGAGGCUCUGAUCAGGCUCUCAGAAGCAAUUGCAAGGUCUCACUUAGAUAACCAGGUUCAAACUCGCCAUGUGCGUCUUGCUGUGAGACUACUCAAGACAUCAAUAAUCAGUGUGGAGUCAAGUGAGCUCGACCUUUCUGAGUUUCAGGAAGAGGAUAAUGAUGGUCAUGAUGGCGAUGAUGGCAGUGGUGGCAAUGAAGAUAAUGCCCCUGGUCAAGGUGAGACGAGACUUACUCAUUUGAAGGAUGCAUAUUGGGCUUAUCUAAAUGCAUAUUGGGCUUAUCUUUCUAUAUAUGCAGAAAAUGCAGCUGAAGCAGCAGCAGAAAACCAGAAGGGAAAGAAACUAGUAAUAACUGAUGAAUACUUUCAGAGGGUUACUCGAGCACUUAUCAUGCGACUUCGACAACAUGAAGAUACUCUCACACGCGAAGGAACUGGGCUAGCCGGACUGAGACAGAGAGAGUUGAUACAGUGGUAUAUUAGUCAGCAAAACGAGAAAAACAAUUAUACCACUAUGGAUGAGGCUGCAGCUGAAAUCAGAAAAGUGAAGGCCAUUAUAGAGAGCUUGAUACGGAGGGAAGGAUUUCUGAUAGUGGUGGGAGAUGGAAGAGAAGAAGGAGCAGAUGAGAGCAACAAGCCUUCAAGAGAUGACAGAAUUUUAGUAGUGGCUCCAAAUUAUGUAGUAGAUUGAUUAGGUUGCCUUUUACAGUGGAACUUGGUACUAUAAUGCUGAGAUUUAUUGUGACAAUGCUUUAUAAUUUACUUAGUAGAGUACAAAUUAACUACGUUUGUUUAUUA